AUAGAGUAAUGAUUACCUAUUUGGAUUUUUAAGUGUUUUACUUUGUCCUCUUCAUACUGUCCAUCUAACAUCGACCCAGAAAGACGCAGUCACAGUCUGCAUUUUUCCAUUAUGGCAACUGAAAAGGACAAUUCACCUAACAAGCUAAAACUGAAGACUGAAGUAGGGCUGCUGGGUGGAGUGUCUCUAAUCGCAGGUGUUAUGGUUGGAUCUGGAAUCUUCAGGUCUCCUCAAUAUGUGCUGCUUUAUAUUGGGAGUCCAGGUGCUAGUCUGUUAAUAUGGGCUGCUAGUGGAGUGUUGGCCAUGCUAGCUUCUUUGUGCUAUGCUGAAUUAGGAACUGUGAUCCGUGAAUCUGGAGGGGAGUAUAUUUACAUCUUGCGCACUUCAGGCAAUAUCAUGGCUUUUAUAUGCGCCUUUACCAGUAACAUUGUGAUGAGACCAACCAGCAUGAUUGCAGUGGCACUUGUUUUUGCCCAAAAUGCCCUUGCACCUUUUUAUAAUGAUUGCCCACCACCAAAUGGAGCAGUAAAAUGUUUGGCAGCCCUAGGGAUUAUGGUAUUGACAGUUGUCAACUGCUUUAAUGUGCGCUCCUCAAUCAAAGUCACAGUAUUAUUUACAGCUAUGAAAGUACUGGCACUUACAGUAAUUAUGAUUGGAGGAGUUGUGCUACUUAUUCAAGGGGACACUUCCAACAGCUUCCAAAACUUCUUGGAAGGGACCAAGCUGAGUAUCAGACCCAUGGGAAUAGCAUUUUACCAUUGUUUGUGGUCCUAUGAUGGUUGGAAUACUUUAAACCAUGUUACAGAGGAGAUCAAUCAUCCUGAGGUGAACCUACCAAGAGCACUGAUGAUAGCUAUUCCCAUGGUAACAAUUCUGUAUCUACUGGUCAAUGUCAGUUAUCUAGUUGUCAUGACACCUGCAGAGAUGAUAUCAUCCAGUGCAGUGGCUGUCACUUGGGGGAAUAAAGUUUUAGGAGGAUGGGGCUGGGUGAUGUCUGUUGCUGCAGCAUUCUCAGCCUUUGGUUCUCUAAAUGGAUCAUUUUUCAGUGGAGGGCGAGUGUGUUACGUAGCAGCGAGAGAGGGACACAUGCCAGACAUCCUGGCCAUGGCUCACAUGCGCAGGCUUACUCCCUCUCCAGCCCUUAUUUUCAACACACUCAUUGCACUUAUUGUUCUCAUUCCGGGAGACUUCCAGGCCAUAGUGAACUUCUUCAGCUUUACUGGCUGGUUCUUUUAUGGGGUCACGGUAUCAGGUCUUCUGUAUUUGAAAAUCAAGAAACCCGAAAUUCCCCGAACAAUUACGGUACCUAUAAUUAUUCCCAUCCUGGUGUUGCUGGCUGCAGUGUUCCUGGUACUGGCACCCAUCAUUGAUGACCCUCAGAUUGAGUAUCUCUAUGUGACCCUCUUCAUGCUGAGUGGCAUUGUGAUUUACAUUCCCUUCAUUCAUUUCAAACUGUUUCCUGGAUUGUUAAAUAAACUCACAGUCUUCCUUCAACUGUUCCUAGAGGUAGCACCAACUGCCAAAAACCUGUAAUGCUGAGGAAACAAAUUAAGUGUUUUUUUUUUUGUUUUGUUUUUUCAAAUUCAGAUGUUAUAUGCUCUCACAUUUCUACAAAUAUAAAUUUGAAAAGAAAAAAACAAAUCACAUCGUUAUUUUCUUUAAGUUAUACAGCUCCUGCGUAUAUGAAAUCUGAAUCUGAAUAAUUGCCUUUUUUUUUUUUUUUUGAGAAACAGAUGGUAAGGUGUAAGGUAAAAUAUUUGAUAGAAACUAUUCUUAAUUCAUCUUUUGGUAAAACUUUACACCAAGGUUCCAUUUAUUAACUUUAGGUUUUGAUUACUUUUGUGUUACUUUUUAAAUGUGGGCGGUAUGGAAGCCCGUUUCUGCCACUAAAUAAAAAAUAUAUAUAUAUAUUGCGACUUUUUAUCUCACAAUUCUGACUUUUUUUUCUCUGAAUUGCGAGAUACAACCUUGCAAUUCUGACUUUUUUUCUCAAAAUUGUGAGAUAUAAACUCACAAUUGCAAGAUACAAAGUCAGAAUUGCAAGAUAUAAACUCGCCAUUGCUAGAUAUAAAGUCAGAAUUGACUUUACGUCUGACUUUUUUCUCGCAAUAGCGACUUUUUAUCUCGCAAUUCUGACUUUUUUUCUCGCAUUUGCGACUUUUUAUCUCGCAAUUCUGACUUUUUUUCUCGCAAUUGUGAGUUUAUAACACGCAAUUCUAACUUUUGUUUCUCUUCAUCUGGCACGAUAGGAAAUCACGAAACGUGAUUCUUACAGUAGGGGAGCAUUGCUGCCACACACAUAUUUUUUUCCACUCAGCGAUGUCAUAAUAACGAGAUCUUUUCUCAGACCCAGAGGAUAUGACUCAUUUAAGAUGAUCAGAUCUAAACUGUUAUUUCUGAAUAAUCGACUCUGGACUUGGGAUAUUAUUUGGAUGGCAUACGUUUGAUUUAACAGCAAAUGCAAUGAAUUCACCUCAAGCUGGAAGAAAAGUAUAUUUAGGCGGGAAAUCUCUCUCCAGUAAUAAAAAAAUGUACCACAAAUGUUAGUUUAUUUAAAGUAAUGUUUGCUUAUUAAUAUGGAUGAAUUGCAUCAUCGAAGGUCAGCAGCAAAGACACUGGUUAAUAAAAUGGGAUUAAAUACGUAAAGCAUAUUUGUUUUAUGCAACAUAUUUAAUUAUUGCAGGAUUAUGUCAUAUUCUGAGUUUGAAUUUCACAGUUUUUAUUCAUUUUGAGGAAUACUGAAUUUGUUUUUUGUGAGUGAGAUGAGUGAAUUAAUGCAUGUUCACAUUUAGUCUAGAAUACAGUAACAUCGUGUUUACUCCCAAUGUCCCAACAGGAAACUCAAUAAGUCAAUCAAUAAAUGCGUGAAAAACUGGCACUACUUAUUUGAAAAAGUAACUCAGAUAUUUUCUUAGAAAUUCAAAAAUAUUGCAUUACUUUACUAGUUUUACUUGAAAAAAGUAAUAUUAUUACAUAACUCAUGCUACUUGUAAUGUGUUACCCCCAACACUGCUUAUAUAUUCGCAAUGCUUUGUGUUGUAUCAAAAAUCUUUUAAUAAUUUUUUGUCGUGAAAUACAGAUUAUAGAAACCAAUUUUCAAGGCAUAUGAACUAUCUAGGACCAGUUUUGAAAAGUAGGUAAUUUAAGACAAUUUUUUUUUUCUUUCUUUCUUUCUUUCUUUCUUUCUUUCUUUCUUUUCUUUUCUUUUCUUUUUUUUUUUUUUUUUUUUUUUGCAAAUUGUGUCAAAGUAGCUUUACAGUAUUAACAGGGUAAACUGUGUGUCGCAAUAGUGUUCGAUUUUCAUCUGGCCAAAAAUCUAAAUCUUUUCCAAUAAAACUGUACAUAUAAAUAAAUGAUUCUAGCCCAUAUGAUUCCAUAGUUCUUAAAAAUACAAAUGUUCUAACUACAGCACCAUGUAUUGUCCGAUGGACACUACAUGGUAUACAAUCAUGCAAUCAUACUAUAUACUUUAGAACGUCCUGUUAGUCUUUUUUUUGUUUUUUUUUUAAUCAACUCUUUCCCCGCCAAAUGAAGAAUUUUGUAAUAAAUUUGUUUGUUCAUGCAAUGUUGAUUGUCUUAUUUUGCUAAUAGAAAAAGUCGUCACAGCAACUGAAACAACAAUUACUGUCAUUGGGGUAGUUUAGUUUUUAUGUAACAAUUUUUUGUUUAUUUACAAAUAACAAACAGUGAAUUGUUAUACAAACCUUAAUGGAUAACUUAGUCUAAUAUGUAGAUAAGACUGACUUUGUUUGUAAAAUAUUAUACAAAAAUAAGAUACAGUAUCCAGCAAACGGAUGCAAGUUUGCAUGCAAGUUAGAUUAAAUUUGCAGUGCAUACAUAAAACUGAAUACAUGUCUUAUAUGUUUUUUUGUUUUUUGUUUUCAUUUCUGAAUUAUAAUUUGAAUGGAACAUU